ACGGUCCACAGAAGAGGAUUAAAGAGAGAUAUCCCCCAGAUCGGGACUAAAGAACCUCCGCAGAAGAACUUAAAAGCCUUUUCGUUUCUUUGUUUUUUUUUUGUUUGCCAUCCACCCAUUUGGCCAAGUGUGUUUGGUGUGUUCGUUGACCAAGAGUCUAGUGCCAUGUUCCGAACCAAAGGAUGGAUCCUGGUGGCAGCGGUCACCCUGCUGGUGGCGACUCCCUCGUGGGCGGCCUAUAAGCUCCAGGAGCGCUACAGCUGGAACCAACUGGACUUCGCCUUCCCGAACAACCAGCUCAAGGAGCAGGCUCUGGCCAGCGGUGAUUACAUUCCCCAGAACGGCCUACCCGUUGGCGUCGAGCACUUUGGCAAUCGUCUCUUCGUCACCGUCCCCCGUUGGCGAGAUGGCAUUCCGGCCACUCUCACCUACAUCAACAUGGACCGCAGCUUGACGGGCUCCCCGGAGCUCAUUCCCUACCCAGACUGGCGUGCCAAUACCGCCGGAGACUGCGCCAACAGCAUAACCACCGCCUAUCGCAUCAAGGUCGACGAGUGCGGUCGCUUGUGGGUCCUGGACACGGGCACCGUGGGCAUCGGCAACACCACCAGAAAUCCCUGCCCCUACGCCGUCAAUGUCUUCGACCUGGCCACCGACACCAGGAUCCGAAGGUACGAACUUCCUGGAGUGGACACCAAUCCGAAUACCUUCAUCGCGAAUAUUGCCGUGGACAUUGGCAAGAACUGCGACGAUGCCUUUGCCUACUUCGCCGAUGAGCUGGGCUAUGGCCUGAUCACCUACUCCUGGGAGCAGAACAAGUCCUGGAGGUUCUCGGCCCAUUCGUACUUCUUCCCAGACCCGUUGAGGGGCGAUUUCAACGUGGCCGGAAUCAACUUCCAGUGGGGUGAGGAGGGUAUCUUUGGCAUGUCCCUUUCGCCCAUUCGUUCGGAUGGCUAUCGCACCCUGUACUUCAGUCCCCUGGCCAGUCAUCGUCAGUUCGCCGUCUCCACAAGGAUCCUAAGGGAUGAGACUAGGACGGAGGACAGCUACCAUGACUUCAUCGCCCUGGACGAACGUGGUCCCAAUGCCCAUACCACCUCGCGAGUAAUGAGCGACGACGGCGUUGAGCUCUUCAAUUUGAUCGACCAAAAUGCCGUGGGAUGCUGGCACUCGUCGAUGCCGUACACCCCGCAGUUCCACGGCAUUGUGGAUCGCGAUGAUGUGGGCUUGGUCUUCCCGGCCGAUGUCAAGAUCGAUGAGAACAAGAAUGUCUGGGUUCUGUCCGACAGGAUGCCCGUCUUCCUACUCUCCGACCUGGACUAUUCCGAUGUCAACUUCCGCAUCUACACGGCUCCCCUGACCACUCUGAUCGAGAAUACCGUGUGCGAUCUGAGGAACAAUGCCUAUGGACCCCCGAAUGCCGUUUCCAUCCCCAAGCAGCCCGCCUUGCCCAUUGGCCCUCCCUUGUACACCAAGCAGUAUCGCCCCAUUCUUCCACAGAAGCCGCAGACCAACUGGGUGUCAUCGCCACCGCCUCCGAGUCGCACCUAUUUGCCUGCCAAUCCGGGCAAUGUGGUCUCCAGCAUCAGCGUCUCCACGAACACAGUGGGCCCAGCCGGAGUGGAGGUGCCUAAGGCCUACAUCUUCAACCAGCACAAUGGCAUUAACUACGAGACCAGUGGCGGUCCCCAUCUCUUUCCCACCCACCAGCCAGCCCCAUCGAGUGGACAUCCGGAUGGCCUGAAGAACUACGUGAAUGCCCGCCAGUCUGGCUGGUGGCACCACCAGCACCAGGGCUAACUCAGCCCCUGAAUGGUACACGGGUAUCUUCUCACUCACUCGCUUCUUGUAUAGGUUAUUUAAAGACAAAGAAACUCAUGAGAAACGACGCAUAAAAAACACACGGCAACUGCGGUUAUUUUACAAAGAUCAAAGAUCACAAGUGGCAAAUCAAGAAUUUCACCUAGUUUUGUAUUUUAAGCAAGGAAUAAAUAAACCAUUUUUUUAAAAA